AUCGCUCGAAUAGUCCCGAGCUUAUCAGGCCGAACCCGAGACUGCGGCCCUUUUUCUUUUGGAAUUAAGCCGGACCUGUGAGGACGGAAAUACUCGAGGCACCGGGGGGGCUCAGGGGCUCCAAGACGGGCGUAUCGGCGUUGAUCUUUGCUGCCUGCCUACAUAAGCGGACUGCCGGGGCUCUCGCAUUCGAUCUCUGAUCUUCUGUUACAUCAGGGAGACAAUGGCCUGACACAUUUCCCCCAACCUCUCUGUUCUUCAACUGUCGAUGGUGCUUUUCUCUGCGCCAGCAAGACAUCCCGACAUGGCCGGCGAGCCCAAGUCCCGCGUGUCGUACUGGGCGAAGCGGCUCGAAUGCCCUGUUGACGAGAACGCAAACUACCGCAACACGUUCUGGUGCAACCGCGAUCUGAUCCCGAUCCCCGAGGACAGGAGGACCUGGACUUGGCAAGGUUUCGCUGGGUACUGGGUCAUCUGUGGCAUCAACACAACUGCAUGGACCGCCGGGUCGACCUUGUUAUCUCUGGGCCUGAGUGCCCCCCAGGCCAUAGGCUGCAUGGUCGGCGUUGCCCUCAUCUCCGCCCUCGUCGCCGUGCUUGCAGGAUGGCCGGGGAGUCACCUCUACCUGGGCUUCACGGUGCUGUCCCGAGCCUCAUGGGGCAUGCGAGGUGGCUUUUGGCCAGUCCUUAACCGUAUCGUGACUGCGUGCGUAUGGAUGGGGAUACAGGCGUACUGGGGUGGGCAGUCUGUCAAAAUAAUCCUCAGGGCCAUCAUCGGCCCCAAAUUCCGUGACCUGCCAAACACCCUCCCGGUCUCAGCCAACGUCGACACAGCCAGCCUCAUAUCCUUCUUCGUCUUCAUCAUAAUCUUCCUCCCCCUCCCCAUGAUCCCACCAGAGAAGCUCCAGCUCCCCUUCCGGAUCGUCUUCGUCAUGAUAACAGCGACCAUGUUCGGCAUGGUAGGCUGGUCCGUCCACGCGGCCGGCGGGCCGGGCGCCCUGAUGUCGACGCCCGCGACGGGGACGGGGUCCUCGCUCAGCUGGGCCGCCGUGUUCGGGCUGCAGUCCAUCGUCGGGUCGCAGGCGAGCGGGUGCCUGGGCCAGUCGGACUGGACGCGGUACGCGCGGACGCCCAACGCCGCGCUGUUCGGGCAGCUCAUCUGCGCGCCCAUCUUCAUCGUGGUGACCUCCGUGUGCGGCAUCAUCAUCACGAGCGCCGCGGCGUCCGUCUACGGCGAGUACAUCUGGAACCCGUUCGAGCUGCUGCUGACGGUCCAGGCGCACUCGAUGAGCCCCGCGGCGAGGGCGGGCACGUUCUUCGCCGGGUUGGGGUUCCUGGUCGACCAGCUUGCGUUGUGCCAGAUGCUGAAUGGCAUCUCGACGGGGAUGGACAUGGCGGCGCUCUGUCCUAAGUGGAUCAAUAUUCGGAGGGGGUGCUAUAUCCUCACGGUGAUCGCCAUCGCGAUUUGCCCUUGGAACUAUGUGACCAACCCGGGGACCUUCAUUACCGUGCUGAGCGGCUGGAGCGUCUUCCUCAGCCCAAUGACUGGCAUUGUCGUCUCUGAUUACUUUCUCGUUCGAAGAGGUCAGUAUCACAUUGGCGAUAUGUAUAUGGGAAACAGCAAGAGUGCAUACUGGUAUACCUCUGGGUUCAACUGGAGAUGCUUCUUGGCGUGGGGUUUGGGAAUGGCACCGCUCCUUCCUGGCUUUGCCCGCGCCAUAAAAGAGAUCUCGUCGGGAGAUGGAUGGGAUCAUUUGUACCAGAUCUCUUAUUUCUACGGGUUCUUUGCCGCCUUGACGAUGCACUGGCUUCUUCACAUAGCAUUUCCCACUGCAAGACAACAUGGCAGCUCGCCAUUCGUGCUUGAAGCACACGCGGAGAUGUUGGACAGGCCUGGGAGCGACGAGGGCACGGUGGAUAGUUUAGAAGAGGAGAAAAGCGCACCAGGCACAGGUCGACAAAACGACCUGGAGUCACAGCAUAUUUGAUGAGAUGCCGAUAAUCGCUGAAGAGAAAGGGAGGCUGAAAAGUGAGCGUUGAAGGAGCGUGGGGGCCUACCUAGAUAUGGGUAGGUAGACAAAGUAAUUCCGAAAUGGCAGCGCAUAGAUGCUGCAGUCAAUGUUCCAA